AUCUGCUGCGGUGACUGGCGAGUAAAAGAUCCGAAAUACGUAAGCAUCGACGAGUCCUCGGCGCAGGCGGAGAAGGCUCUGCGUGCAGUACGCUAUCCCAGCCUGCUACGAGCACUACAUCCGUGCAGCUGACUGCAUCUCUGCUGCGAGCACUCAGAUCAGCUCUUUCACAAAUUUAUUCCGACUCCACAGUCAUAGUUUAUCUCGAUGCUGUUUGGACACUGAGACCUUGUCAGAUCACAGCCUUCGAUUUUUUGUUUUGUUUUGAUUGACCGAUUAGUAGAUUAAAGAAAAGCUGUAAAGAGCAUCGUCUGUGAGGCAACAAAAUGUUGGAUCCAUCGUCCAGCGAGGAGGAAUCCGAUGGGAUAGUGGAAGAGGAGAGCAGCAAAGAGGUUACGGCACCUCAGGCCGGCGGAUCCCGCAUUUCCCCCAGCCGGACCAGCGAGAGCUCCGGCGGGCUGGCACCCAGCAGCAGUCGCACUAGCGCCCGCCCGACCAGCCCGAGCCCCUCGGCCGCCAGCGAGCAGGAGAAGGAGGAGGUGGAGAAGCUGCAGCGGGAGGAAGAGGAGCGUAAGAAGAAGCUCCAACUCUAUGUGUUUGUGAUGCGAUGCGUCGCUUAUCCCUUCAACGCUAAGCAGCCCACCGACAUGGCGAGGCGGCAGCAGAAGAUAACCAAGCAGCAACUUCAGCAGACCAAGGAGCGGUUCCAGGCCUUCCUCAACGGGGACACACAGAUUGUGGCUGAUGAAGCGUUCAUUAACGCGGUGCAGAGCUACUACGAGGUGUUCCUGAAGAGCGACCGCGUGGCCAAGAUGGUGCAGAGCGGCGGCUUCUCGGCCAACGACUGCCGCGAGGUCUUCAAGCGGCACAUCGAGAAGCGCGUGCGCAGCCUGCCCGAGAUCGACGGCCUGAGCAAGGAGACGGUGCUCAGCUCCUGGAUGGCCAAGUUCGACAGCAUCUACCGCGGCGACGAGGACCCUCGCAAGGCCCAACAACGCAUGACGGCCAGCGCCGCCUCUGAGCUCAUCCUCAGCAAGGACCAGCUGUACGAGAUGUUCCAGAACAUUCUGGGCAUCAAGAAGUUUGAGCACCAGCUGCUCUACCAAGCCUGCCAGCUGGACAACCUGGACGAGCAGGCAGCCCAGAUCCGGAGAGAACUGGACGGCCGUCUGCAGAUGGCAGACCAGAUCGCCAGGGGGGGCAAGUUCCCCAAGUUCGUGUCCAAAGAGAUGGAGGCCAUGUACAUCGAGGAGCUCAAGUCGUCGGUGAACCAGCUCAUGGCCAACCUGGAGAGCAUGCCGGUGUCCAAGGGAGGGGAGUUCAAGCUGCAGAAGAUGAAGCGCGGCCACAACACCUCCAUCAUCGACAUGGGCCAGGAGGACGAGAACACGCUGUCCAAGUCCGACGUGGUGCUGUCCUUCACCCUGGAGGUGGUGAUCAUGGAGGUGCAGGGCCUCAAGUCUCUGGCCCCCAACCGGAUAGUCUACUGCACCAUGGAGGUGGAGGGUGGGGAGAAGCUGCAGACUGACCAGGCAGAGGCAUCCAAGCCAACGUGGGGCACCCAGGGGGACUUCACCACCACCCACCCUCUGCCUGCUGUCAAGGUGAAGCUGUUUACAGAGAGCACCGGGGUGCUGGCCCUGGAGGACAAGGAGCUGGGCAGGGUGGUCCUCCACCCCACUCCCAACAGCCCCAAGCAGUCGGAGCUGCACAAGAUGGCCCUUACCAAAGCCUGCCCCGACCACGAUCUCAGGAUCAAACUGGCCAUUCGCAUGGAUAAGCCUCAGAACAUGAAGCAUUGUGGAUAUCUGUGGGCGUUUGGGAAGAACGUGUGGAAACGCUGGAAGAAGCGCUUCUUUGUCUUGGUGCAGGUGAGCCAGUAUACGUUUGCCAUGUGCAGCUACAGAGAGAAGAAAUCUGAGCCCCAGGAGCUCCUACAGCUGGAUGGGUACACUGUAGAUUACACUGACCCCCAGCCAGGCUUGGAUGGCGGCAGGGCGUUCUUCAACGCCGUGAAGGAGGGAGACACGGUGAUCUUCGCCAGCGAUGAUGAGCAGGACCGCAUCCUGUGGGUGCAGGCCAUGUACCGCGCCACGGGCCAGUCCCACAAGCCCGUCCCGCCCACGCAGGUCCAGAAGCUCAACUCCAAAGGCGGCGCCUCGGCCCAGAUGGACGCGCCCAUCUCCCAGUUCUCUGGACUCAAGGACGCAGACAGAGCUCAGAAACACGGCAUGGAUGAGUUUAUCUCGGCUAACCCGUGUAGCUUUGACCACGCCGCGCUGUUUGAGAUGGUUCAGCGGCUGACCCUGGACCACAGGCUCAACGACACCUUCUGCUGCCUGGGGUGGUUCAGCCCAGGCCAGGUGUUUGUGCUGGACGAGUACUGCGCCAGGAACGGGGUCAGGGGGUGUCACAGACACCUGUGCUACCUCCGCGACCUGCUCAACCGGGCCGACAACGGGGCCAUGAUCGACCCCACCCUGCUCCACUACAGCUUCGCCUUCUGCGCUUCCCACGUGCACGGGAACAGGCCGGAUGGGUUGAGCACGGUGAAGGUGGAUGAGAAGGAGCGCUUUGAGGAGAUCAAGGAGCGAUUGCGCAUCAUACUGGAGAACCAGAUCGUACAGUUCAGAUACUGUUUUCCUUUUGGCCAUCCUGAGGGUGCAUUGAAGGCCACUCUGUCUUUGCUUGAGAGGGUCCUGAUGAAGGACAUCGUGACGCCAGUGCCACAAGAGGAGGUGAAGGGAGUCAUCCGCAAAUGCUUGGAGCAGGCGGCUCAGAUCAACUACCAGCGCAUCACAGAAUAUGCGAUCAUUGAAGGGAAAAAGAGGGAAAUGUAUGAGCACCCUGUCUUCUGCUUGGCAUCACAAGUGAUGGAUUUAACCAUCCUUGAGAAAGGUCAAAAGGAUCCCAAGGAUCCAGAGAAUGCGGGUCGCUUGGUGACCCCGGCCAAGAAGCUGGAAGAGACCAUCCGGCUGGCGGAGCUGGUGAUAGAGGUCCUUCAGCAGAACCAGGAGCACCAUGCAGAGGCUGCAGUCACAAGUUCUGGAGAUCAAUCGGGAAAAGAGGCCUUCGCCUGGUGGACGGACCUCAUGGUGGAGCACGCCGAGAACUUCCUGGCCCUCUACGCCGUGGACAUGGACGCGGCGCUGGAGAUCCAGUCCCCCGAGAGCUGGGACAGCUUCCCUCUCUUUCAGCUGCUCAACGACUUCCUGCGGACAGACUAUCAUCUGUGCAAUGGAAAGUUCCACAAGCACCUUCAGGAUCUGUACGCCCCCCUGGUGGUUAGAUAUGUGGAUCUGAUGGAGUCCUCCAUCGCACAGUCAAUUCACAGGGGCUUUGAGCGCGAGUCAUGGGAGCCUGUGAAGAGUUUAACAAGUAAUCUACCCAAUGUCAACCUACCAAAUGUCAACCUCCAAAUUCCCAAAGUACCAAAUCUGCCCGUGCCAGUAGCAGGACUAUCAGUUAACCUUCCGCAAAUGCCUAGCUUUUCUACCCCGUCAUGGAUGGCAGCUAUAUAUGACUCUGAUAACGGCUCCGGCACGUCCGAGGACCUGUUCUGGAAGCUGGACGCGCUGCAGACCUUCAUCAGGGACCUGCACUGGCCCGAGGACGAGUUUGCCAAACACCUGGAGAGCCGCAUCCAGCUCAUGUCCAGCGACAUGAUCGAGAACUGCGUCAAACGCACUCGGAUGGCGUUUGAAUCCAAGCUAACAAAGAGCAGCAGGUCCACAGACUUCCGCAUCUCUCCAUCAAUAUGCACCAUGUUCAACGUGAUGGUGGACGCCAAGGACCAGUCGGCCAAGCUGUGUGCUAUGGAGAUGGGCCAGGAGAAACAGUACCACACCCAAAUAGAUGAACUGAUUGAGGAGAGUGUGAAGGACAUGAUCACACUUCUGGUGGCAAAGUUUGUAGUGAUUCUGGAGAGCGUGCUGGCUAAGAUCUCCAGAUACGACGAAGGCACUCUCUUCUCAUCCUUCCUGUCGUUCACGGUGAAAGCUGCUUCCAAGUAUGUGGACGUACCUAAACCGGGGAUGGAUGUGGCGGACGGCUACGUGACCUUUGUGCGCCACUCUCAGGACAUACUGCGUGAUAAGGUCAAUGAGGAGGUGUAUAUAGAAAGGUUAUUUGAUCAAUGGUUCACGGCCACAAUGAACCUGCUGGGCACCUGGCUCACCGAGCGCAUGGAACAACAGCUCCACGUCUACCAGCUUAAGAUCCUCAUCCGGAUCGCUAAGAAAAAGUACAGAGACUUCCGCCUGCAGGGGGUGCUAGACUCCACCCUGAACAGCAAGAUGUACGACACGGUGCGCAACAGACUGACCCUGGAAGAGGCAACAGCCUCUGUGCGGGAGGGAGGCAUGCAGGGCAUCUCCAUGAGGGACAGCGACGAGGAGGAUGAAGACGACGACUAGAGAGACAAAGAGAGAGAGAGAGAAAGAAAGAAAGAAAGAAAGAAAGAAAGAAAGAAAGAAAGAAAGAAAGAAAGAAACCAAGAAAGAAUGAGAGAAAGAGAGAGAAAUAAAGAUAUAGACAGAGAGAUAGAGAAUAAGAGAGCGAAAGAGUACCUGCUCUGACACCCUGACCCUCCCAGCCCAUUAAACACACCCCUUACCCACCCCAACCUCCACUACCACGUCCUCCUCUACCGCCCACCCUAACACCCCCCACCCCCACCCCACCACACUUUUGACUUUAGCCUGGUAACCGACGCAUGUACCAACUCUGUUACUAAGAUAGCCACUCUAGGAUCCCUUUGUCAGCUCGAAAAAUGCCUACGAAAGGAAUUAUAAACUAUAAAAUACGAUAAAAAUAGUUACUUAUACUGAGGAAAAUAUAAAUAAAAAUGUUUAAAAAAAAGACCAUGAUCGACAGUUUAGCUGUGUCAUGAUAAAGAUAGCGAAACCCAUCUUUGAUUUCUUAAUUCAUUUCUGUGUUACUAAGCAAUAUGGAGUACCAUUUGUUGGCGAUGUUGAGUGAGAUUAAUAGGUGUGUCCCUGUCCAACGCAAUCGUAUAUGGCGCUUCUUUGUCGUACUCUACAUUCAUUAAUGGUAGCCUACAUUGUCGUGACGAGUGUGUGGACCCUCUUAUAUGUCGUCUGUUUUUAAGUGAAUGCCAACUUGCUACGAACUGCAAACAAACCCGUCUGUGUUUAAGUUUUAUGGCUAUUAAUCGGGGUGUCAAAAAAAACGUUAUUUUCGGUUGUUUUCUUCGGUUUGGGUUCUCGUCGUCCACUCCACUGUUAUCAACAUCGACAGUAAAGACGUGCGUUUCCCGCUCCUCGUCGACGCUGUGUGUGACGUCACCUCACAGGAGUAGGACUACCUGGCCUCACCUGAGUGGCUAUAUAUUCUAGAGAUGCAAUAUUCUCAAUGCUCUGUUUUGAUAACUCGGGAGAUUCUAUUUUUCUUUGCUUUUUUUCAAACAUCAAAAUGGCCUCUUGAAACGAGGCUCUAUUUUAAAUUGAGUUGCACUUUUACGAGAUGAAAAAAAAAAAAAGCUGAAAUGGUUACCUUUUUUAUUUAAAAGAAUAAUUAAGAAAAAAAAUGGAGCUGGGUUCGUCUUUGUUCUGUAAACUGUGUAGAAUGAGAUGUCUGGCAUUUUGUUUGGGUCACACUGUUGUUCUGUAUAUAUCUCUAAUGCUGUACAUUGCAUUCUGAGCCAUCGCUGCAUGCCCGUGGUCUGCCCCACCCACCCUCUCCAAACUGCUUUCUGUUUUGUGUCAAUUCGCUGGUGGAUUCAUUCUUGCUUUUUGCCUUAUGAAAGCCAACAGUUGUAAUAUGCAAGAGCUGUUGCCUCUAAAUAAAAUUACUGUACGUGUCCCAUU